CAGUUUGUCAAUUGCCACCGACUGAAUUGCACGGAAUCCGACAGAGCAAAUAAGUUACAACAGUGCGGCAUGGAUUUGGGCGGCAAAAAUGUGGUUUACCUUGGUGGAUUCGGCGGCAUAGGCCAAAAAUGUGUGCAAGAACUUCUGCAGCGGCAAGUAAAGGCUCUGGCCAUUUUUGAGUUGGCCGCCAGUGACGAUAUCUUGGCUGAGUGGAAAAACAAAAAUCCCAACACGGAUAUCUUCUACCAAAAAAUGGACAUCACUAAAAAGUCGGAUAUUGAAGCGGCUUAUAAGGCAACAGCAGAGAGAUUUGGUCACUUCGAUGUGGUGGUCAAUGGCAGUGGACUGAUGAACGAUCGUCUCAUCGAUCUGACCAUUGAAAUAAAUCUGCUGGGAGUCAUAAACAGCACUUUGACUGCUUUGGAGUACAUGGACAAGGCCAAGGGUGGUAAGGGUGGAGUAAUAGUGAACAUAUCCUCCGUGGCUGGACUUCAGCCCACAGCUAUAAUGGCAAUUUACUCGGCGGCCAAGACAGGUGUUACCACAUUUACCAGGGCCAUGGCAAACCCAUUUUAUUACGCUCGCUCUGGCGUGGGCUUCAUUACCAUCUGUCCGGGAUUCACGGAUACUGAACUCCUCGAGAAUAUUGGCAGCAAAAUGACAUUCACUUUCGAGACACCCAUGCUAGCCUUGUACAAUAAGGUAAAACGUCAGACGGCCGACGUUUGCGCCAAGAAUUUGAUUAAGGCCAUAGAAACGGCCGAAAACGGAGCUGUUCUAAUGCUGGAGCUAGGCGAGAUCCAUGAAGUGAAUAUACCAAACUUGUGGAAGCCCCAGAUGGAAGAUUAACUCUGCGUUGUUAUUGUUUUUAAUGUACCUAUAUAAUCUCGAUAAUCUCUUUAAAUGGUUUAUGGUGGGUGAUUUAUAAAUAAAAUGUGAUAAAGUUAA